UAUUGGCACAGACGGACAGAUAGGCUUCCGUCCAACCUUCCGCAUUCGAUUCUCCAGGCACCGGCACCGGGAAGAGGGGGGUGGGGCCCAACAUGCCUCAAGUUGAAACUUUCCAUGGAUCCAGCGUCCAAGUGGCGUCAGAAGCAUGCGAGAUGGUGUCGCGAGGUCACGGAUGGACACAAAGGAAAGGGCCAAUUAGUCCGACGGUGGUUGAUGGCAUAAGCCCAGCCGCACCAUUGCAAGGUGAAGGACGCGAGUCGGCAAAUCACCAUGGAAACGACGAGUGA